AGAGAGAGAGAGAAGAGAGAGAGAGAGAGAGAGAGAGAGAGAGAGAGAGAGAGAGAGGUUUGAGGAACUGAAGAUGUUAGCAUUUUGUGACCUAAAGUUUUUAUCUUUUUGCAACUAUUUCUCAUUUCAGUUUCAUUGAAUACAAGUGUUCUCAUUCUGAUUCUACUCUAGAUCUAUCUAUUCUCAUUACUUGAUUAAAGAAGGCUUGUGAUCUAGCUUUUGAGUUUUGGUCAACUGAGAUUAACUCAAGUUUUAAAACCAUAUGCUCACAGUGGUUGGAUGUAGUGCUUCAGAAGUUCUAUGAAGAGCUAUAUAUAAUUAUUGUUGGGAUCCUCCUGCAGAAUGUCAUUCCGUAGCAUAGUUCGUGAUGUUCGUGAUAGUUUCGGGAGCUUAUCUAGGCGUAGUUUUGAUGUCAAACUUACCGGCCAUCUUAGAGGGAAAUCCCAUGGUUCGGUGCAGGAUUUGCAUGAUCAGCCUCUAGUCAUUCAAAAUAGUUGCUGGGCGAGUUUACCCCCAGAAUUACUAUUCGAUGUAAUUAGACGGCUAGAGGAGAGUGAGAAUACAUGGCCUUCACGGAAGCAUGUAGUUGCAUGUGCUGCUGUUUGCCAGUCUUGGAGGAAUAUGUGCAAGGACAUUGUUAAGAGCCCCGAGUUCUGUGGCAAACUUACAUUCCCUGUGUCUUUGAAGCAGCCAGGGCCGCGUGAUGGAAUCAUUCAAUGCUUUAUCAAAAGAGAUAAAUCUAACUUAACAUACCACCUAUUCCUUUGUCUGAGCCCUGCUUUGUUAGUUGAGAAUGGAAAGUUUCUCCUUUCUGCUAAGAGGACACGGAGAACAACGUACACCGAGUAUGUUAUUUCCAUGGAUGCUGACAAUAUCUCUAGGUCAAGCAAUACUUACAUUGGAAAGCUGAGAUCAAACUUUCUUGGAACAAGAUUCAUUAUAUAUGAUACACAGCCUCCCUACAGUUCAGCCCAUAUAUGCCCUCCGGGGACUGGGAAGACAAGCCGCAGAUUUUAUUCCAAAAAGGUAUCGCCUAAGGUCCCAUCUGGGAGUUACAACAUAGCUCAGGUAACAUAUGAAUUAAACGUUCUCGGGACUCGAGGACCAAGAAAAAUGCACUGCAUUAUGCAUUCAAUACCAGCUUCAGCACUUGAUGCAGGCGGCUCCGUUCCGGGACAGCCAGAGCUUCUUCCCCGUUCCCUAGAGGACUCAUUCCGGAGCAUCUCAUUUUCAAAAUCUCUAGACCAUUCCGUCGAGUUCAGCAGUUCACGGUUUUCUGAAAUCGGGGGUUCCAUUAUUAAUGACGACGAUGAUGGCAAGACGAGACCUUUGGUUCUGAAAAACAAACCUCCUAGAUGGCAUGAACAGUUACAAUGCUGGUGUCUUAAUUUCCGGGGACGAGUAACAGUUGCAUCUGUUAAAAACUUUCAGCUGAUUGCUGCAACUCAACCACCGGCUGGCGCGCCAACACCAUCUCAACCAGCUCCACCGGAACACGAUAAGAUUAUUCUGCAAUUUGGCAAAGUUGGGAAAGAUAUGUUCACCAUGGAUUAUCGAUAUCCUUUAUCUGCAUUCCAAGCUUUUGCAAUAUGCUUGAGCAGCUUUGACACCAAGUUGGCUUGUGAAUAGGUUAAUCAUGAAGAAGAGAGAUUUUUAAGGUGAACUAAUCAAAACCUGUUGUUGUGGUAUGUUUCUCUUUGUUUUUAUCUUAUUAUUAAUAGUGUAAUUGGAUUAGGCAAUUGUUAUUGCUCAGAUGAUGUAUGACUAAAUUGUAACCCUAGUUUAUCCCUGAUGUAAUAGGGUUUAAAGCAUUUUUAACUUACAAUGUUGCUGUGUUUCUUUCUCGGUAUAUUCAAUCGUAACAAUGCCAUCUUA